UUCAAAGUAUAUACGCAAGAUGCUAGCGAACUCACAAACCAUCUUUUCAACUAAUAGCUUUGUUCUGUUUUCUAGAAUACAUCAUAGCGCAGAAAAUGCAUCGAGCCAUGAACAAUAUCAGGUCGAAGAAGGCCGUUUAGUUUGUGAUUUUCCUGAUUGUCAGUUGAUUACAAUUACAAGAGGACAAAAACCAGAAUCAUUUCAACUCUACUGCUCAACAUGGACCUUGAUGGCAUUUCUGAUCUUGACAGUACUAUUAACUACGAAGAGGUUGGAGCGCUUAGCCAGAGGCGGAUCAUUGCUUUUUUCAAUGAAUUUGUUGCUCAAACUGUCACAUUUCUGAAUAAGUUUUCUUCUCAAUGUGAAGAGAAAUUAUUUACAGUUGACACAAGAUUAGAAAAGCUGGAGACCAUGUUGUCAAUACUGGAAGCAAAGCUGUCAUCUGUGCCGGGGCUGACACCAUCCAAGGGCCCAGCCGGCCCAGCUACCACCAAUGGCGAGGCAUCACAAAGCACCAAGCCAUCAGAUAACAGUAACACCUCUCCACCUGCACAAUCUGGCAGCCAAUCGGCUUCCACAGAGCUCACAAAUGGCCAAUCAGCAUCAUCCCAGCCAAACGGCGACCCAAAAGUACAGCCUCAGCCGGACGUCGACCAACCUGCGGCCGCCGACCAGCCGGGGACAACUCAGGUGCGUCUGCGUGACACCGAGCCUUACCGUCGCUACUUCCGCAUGCUGGAGGUGGGCGUGCCGGAGCCGGCCGUGCGGAUGAAGAUGCAGCAGGAGGGAGUGGACCCGGGCGUCCUGCAGCGGGGCGACGAGCUGGUAACGGAGCCGGCGACGGCCGGCCGGAGGCGCGGCUCGCGCUCGGAGGAGUCGGACGCCCCCAGCUGGGAAUCCGACUCCAGCUGAUGUGGUGAUCGGGCGGCGGGAGUGGCAUGUGUGUGUGUUUUGGUCACUAUGUGACUGAUGCGCUGCUUAGCAGCCAUGCUGAUUAUCUGCGGUCGAGAAGUAUUCAUGUAUCACGUAAUUAUCGAGAAAUAUUCAAGCAAUGUAAUUAUCCUUGAGUACAUAAUUACGCAUGUUGCGCCUAUAUAUCAUCACAAUAUUUCCCUUUGUCAAAUACUAUCGCUGUGUCGAACUCGUAGUACCCGAGGUACUACGCCUGAGUACCCAGCUGAGCUGCUCUGUCAUCUUCCCUGAUUUUGUUCUCCCUCGGGAAAGCGUGAGACCUAGUGUAGAACUUGCGCAGGUUAUGGACAAACCCGUGUACCGUUAGAAACCGUUACAUCCCGUGACUCCUAGGGGCUGUGUAUAUUCCCCUCUCCCCAUUCAGCUCUUGAGUCUGUUGGGUUGACAUGAAACUGUGAUAGGUGAAACAGAUGUGGCAUUCCAACUGUAUGCGAAUUACCCCGGCUUCUUUUCGGGUUGUUAUCAAGCUUUGGAAGGAAAGGGU